AUGAGCAUGUUCGCUACUAUGCCACCAAGGCAUUCACCACCGUCAGCACCUCCUCUAUGGAUCACGGGUGCAUUCCACACCUCCCCUACAGGCGGUCUUGAGGCCCUAGCAGGUCUCAUCCCCGUCCACCUUAUGCUGAAGAAGUUGGCAACGUGUGCAGGCUCAGCUCUCUCGCCUGUUAUCUCUGGGCUGUUCAUUGCUCCGGUAAUGAAGCUCUUUUACAUCAAAGCGGCGCCACUCAACAUGACGCUGCUGUCUUUUGUGGAUGAUGGGACCAUUCUGGCCCAAUCGAAACAACUUGAUGAUAAUAAUGUGGGCCUGCGUAAGGCCUACAAAAUUAUCUACCUUCUCUUUGUUGCCUUCGCGCUCGUUCUUGAACACGACAAGACCGAGCUGUUUCACUUUUCGCGUCGCCGAGACGCCUACAAUCCCUCGCUGGAUUUGGGGUACGCCCCUCAUACCGGCGCCACACCUUUGAAACCUAAGACCUAUUGGAGGUACUUGGGCUUCUACUUUGACCGCGGGCUCACGUUCCAUGAGCACGUUCGCUACUACGCCACCAAGGCGUUUACCACCGUGCAAGCCAUGCGCAUGCUCGGGAACUCUACUAGAGGUCUAUCGCCUAAACAACGCUGCCUCUUAUAUCGAUCGUGUGUGGUCCCUAUUGCCACAUACGGUUAUCGUCUCUGGUAUUUUGAUGGCGCCCGCAAUAAGGGCGCGAUGAACCAGCUAAAACGGAUGCAGCGAAAAGCUGCUCUAUGGAUCACGGGUGCUUUCCGCACCUCACCCACAGGCGGUCUUGAGGCCCUCGCUGGCCUCAUCCCCGUCCAUCUCAUGCUGAAGAAGUUGGCGACGCGCGCAGUGUAUCGCAUCGCUACCCUCUCAGACACUCACCCCCUCCGCUCUAUGAUGGGCGAGGGACUCCUCAAGCGAGCCGCACCACACGCUCGCUCUGCCGCCUUGAUGACCCCAGCCAUGCGGGGGAAAGUCAAGAGCACUGUCAUGGAAGUGGACGAGCGCGUCCACACCUUAACUGAGAGCUUCGAGCCCUUUGCGCCCGAAGCUCGUCCAGGCGACCGGUUACUGGACCGCUAUGCGGACCGUCUCCAUUUUGACGAGCGUGAUCCUGGCCAGGAUAGGCGCCCAUAUCUAGACGAGCUCAUUGCGAAAGCAAGGGCUGACCCACUAACAGUACUGGCUGCAACUGAUGGCUCUGUCCCUCAGUCCAACCAGUAUCAGGCGGCUUCGGCUGCUAUAAUCUACAAGGGACAUCGCGAGCUCGAGAGGACCCGCUAUGUCUCUGGCAGAGUUACCACCCCAGAUGCGGAACUCAAUGCCAUCUCGUGCGCAGUGCGCCUUGCUGUCAAGCAGGCAAACUGCCAACAUAUUAUGGUCUUUACUGACUCUAUGGGCUCAGCCCAUAGAGCGGUCGACCCCGGCGUGCAUUCUGGUCAGGCUUUUAGCCUGUCAGUUUGUCGCGUUCUUAAAGAGUGGUUUGAGGCGGACGAUCUCCGCCGCGUAACCUUCGUCUACGUCCCUUCUGCUCUGCGGUGGGACAUCCAUGGUGAGGCACACAAGUACGUCACAGAGCUCAAAGUCAGGGUUGGACGUCGUAAGGCGGACAACUCCAUAGACACGCUACGUUCUCGAGCGCACUCAGUCUUGGAUUCGUGGAGCUCCACUUUCCAAGAUCCAACCUACCGAGGCUCUGAAUUUUUAGAGCUUCAACAGCCUGACGGGCGGCCGCUACAGCCAUUGUACCUCAAUGGGGGACCUUGGCUCUCAACAUUCGGACACAGUAUUACUGAGUUCGCCCGCGUUUGCCGGUGUAUAACUGGCCACGCGCCCAUUGGAGCGUAUUAUCGUCGCUUCAAGAUCAACGAGCCUCACGGCUGCACUUGCGGGGCUGCUUUGCAGUCUCACCAGCAUAUUUCGCUGUCGAGAUAG